CGGUUGAAGCGGGCGGCUCCUGAGGAGAGCGGCGUAGAGUGGGCUGCGCGUGCUGGAGGGGGAGCUAUCCCGUGUCCGCGCCAUGUAUCAGCGGAGCCGGGUGGUCGCUGGGCGCCUCGGGCCCCGGUGCUCCUGGGGCUGGGAGGGGAGCAGCGGAAGGCGUCGCUGGGCGCCAGGCGAAUCGACUAGAUGCUGUUACCGGGCGCGGCCGCGGGACCUAGAUGCUUCUUGGGAUAAGUUACCUCCAGGGCUUGUUCCUGCGGGCUCCAUAGGGCCAACGUUCCACCCAUUUUUUGCCAGGAGGCCAUUGGAAGCCCUCCCCACCUCCCCACCUCUUCCAGUCCCUAUCCAAGGCAACUUUGCUGGUAUCAACAUAAGUGAAUCAAAGAACAGACUUUGUCCAUUGGUGGAUGUGCCCAAUCUAGACACGGGGACUCUUUUUCACCCCACUCUACUCUCCCCUCUUGAAGGCAUGGAGGAUGCCAUUAUGUUGGUGAACGGAAGGCAGGAAGAUGACAUAGAGGUGAGGGAUGGUGGAGGACUAGACGGUGCCUCUUUAGACUCUUUGCACAGCCUGUUCCAUGGCUGGCAGUGCCGCUCACCCUACCAGGCCCCUGAGGUAGCGCUGGACCCGCUUAUGCCCUUCAGAGCCACAACAGGAAGUCCAUGCCCAGCCAGUUCUUCGGGGAAUGACGAUUCCAGCAUGGAGGAGCAUCUUGCAGUCAUGCACCAGAAAUUACGGAGUGAGUUACCAGGCUUCUUUUUGAAGACACAUGACUAUGGAAUCUACUCGCAGGAUGUGGAGUUUGACAAUGAGAUUCUGCACCUGAAGACCCGUGGCCGACCUAUGUACCAGCUGGCACUGACCUUCUGCCGGUUUGUGGCUUGGAACUACUUUGCUGACUUGCGCAUGGAAGUGCUGAAGGUGACACAGCACUCUGAGAACUGGAGCAUCCAAGCUCGGUGGCGGAUUACGGGACUGCCUUUCCAUGUCCUCCUGUUCCGCUUCUACAAGAGGGACAAGGCUGAACUGUACAGGACCUAUGAUGCCUAUUCCACUUUCUUCCUAGAUUCCCAAGGAUUAAUCAAGUGUCACAGGGUAAGCAAGCUGAUGCCAUCCCAGCCUCCUCUGACCAAAGUGAAAAAGCUUCUGGUGGCCUCCUUGUUGGGCCUGGGAUUGUUUGACCAGAGGCCGUCUCUGCAGCUUCUCUUGUCAGCUCUGGCAGGCAAACAGCAUGGGCUGCCAGUAGGCUGUCGGAACAGCUGAGGCUAAGCACUUCUUGUGUAUCAUUUAGUUUGGCUGCCCCACCACAGGCUGAGGAUGCCGCUAGUGGCUCAUUGUAUAUCCAUGAUGUCUCUGUACAGGGUGUGUGGGCCUUGUCUUAUGUUGCUGUUGUUAAUGCCAUCAGCAAGUGCUGUAAAGAUGGUUGUAAUUUAAUCUGUACAUAAUAAAAGGUGUAUGUUGAAGAA